AUGGACUUAGAAUAUAAUGUCUCGGAUGUAUGGGACAAUGUCUCCGCCUGUCCAGACAACGCAACUUCUGGCGAGUACGACAAUCUUGUAACAGCUGCCUCCGUGAUUAGACGUUUCUACAUUUGGUUGGUAUUCGCCUUUGGUUUCCCUGGCAACAUCAUCAGCGUUAUUGUGGUCACCAGGAUGUGCCAGCGACGUCUGACAACGUCGUUGUUCUACGUCGGUUUGCUGGCAAUGGUGGACAACGUCGCAAUUGCACUGAAGCUGGUGGAGAACCAGUCCCAGAUCAGGAGAUUUGCCAUGGACGACAGAAGUUGCCGAGGAUUGUUCUUCUUGGGACUUGUCUUCUCCACCUACGCCAACUGGAUACUUACUACCCUGGCAAUAGAGAGAUUCCUGGCGGUGAGGUACCCGUUCAAGAUGGCGGUCAUGUGGACCGUGGGGAAAGGUCUGGUGAUUAUUUCUUGUGUGUUUGUGUUUCUGUGUCUGAUCCACCUGCAUCUGUUGUGGACUGUCAUUCACUACGAAGGAUACACAUGCACGCUGACAUUAGAAGGUCCAUCCUUUAAGGCCUGGUUCUAUGUCGGGUCCUUCGUGUACGCCAUCCUGCCGGCUUCCUGCCUCUUCAUCUGCAACAUCCUCAUCAUCGUCUACGUCAGGAGGUCGGCCAACAGACGACGAACUCUGUCAGAGAACCACUCGACCACUGUUGCCACAAGAAGACUGGAUGCACAGAUCACAACGAUGUUGGUAAUUGUUGCGGCAGUGUUUGUAGUUCUGUCGUUUCCAAGAUGUGCGUUCACGGCCGCAUAUGCGUACUGGAAUCCAUCUAGUUGUUCUAUAGGUGAAGCGAGAAAAUAUUUCCUCGACGUCCUGACCACCAACGUCGCCGACAGCAGCCACGCCGUUAACUUCUACCUGUACUUCCUGGCUGGGAGGAGAUUCAGGCAUGCCUAUUCCUCUACUAUUCGGGAAGUCUCUUUACGGAGAAAAACCCCGGAAACUACCUCAGUGAGCCGUUUAAAAUCGCAUCAGCAGUUAUACCGCAGCCACUCUGACAGCUAA